AUGGCGCCGGCAUGGCAGCCCCUGCCCCGAUUCCUCACCAAGGCUCUGUUGGCGUCCGUCCUCCUGGCUGAGAACUUCUCCCAGGCGGGAGCCUUGGAGACGGUGCCGGAAAGCAACGUGAGCUGCCAAGGGUCCAACACGUGCCAUCCGGGGGUGCUGCUGCCCGUCUGGCAGCCGGACAACCCGUCCUUCGGCGACAAAGCUGCUCGGGCCAUUGUCUACUUCGUGGCCAUGAUGUACAUGUUCCUGGGGGUCUCCAUCAUCGCCGACCGCUUCAUGGCCUCCAUCGAGGUCAUCACCUCCAAGGAGAAGGAAAUCACCGUCACCAAGGCCAACGGCGAGACCAGCAUCGGCACAGUGCGGAUCUGGAAUGAGACGGUCUCCAACCUGACCCUGAUGGCGCUGGGCUCCUCCGCACCCGAGAUCCUGCUCUCUGUCAUCGAGGUGUGUGGGCACAACUUCCAAGCUGGGGAGCUGGGGCCCGGCACCAUUGUGGGCAGCGCCGCCUUCAACAUGUUCGUGGUGAUCGCCAUCUGCGUUUACGUCAUCCCCGCCGGGGAGAGCCGCAAGAUCAAGCACCUGCGGGUCUUCUUCGUCACGGCCUCCUGGAGCAUCUUCGCCUACAUCUGGCUCUAUCUGAUCCUGGCAGUCAUCUCCCCGGGCGUGGUGCAGGUCUGGGAAGCUCUGCUGACGCUCGUCUUCUUCCCGGUCUGCGUGGUCUUCGCCUGGAUCGCCGACAAGCGGCUCUUCUUCUACAAGUACGUCUACAAGAGGUACCGCGCCGACCCGCGGAGCGGCAUCAUCAUCGGCACCGAAGGGGAGUUCCCCAAGGACAUCGAGAUGGAUGGCAGCUUCCUGGCCAAUGACCACCGGGAGAACGUCUUCAUGGACGGGGCGGCUUCCGCAUCCCCGGCCCUGGCCUCCUCCACCCAAGAGGAGAAGGAACUGGACGAGAGCCGCAAGGAGGUGAUCCAGAUUCUCAAGGACCUCAAGCAGAAGCACCCGGACAAAGAGCUGGAGCAGCUGGUGGAGAUGGCCAACUACUACGCCCUGCUGCACCAGCAGAAGAGCCGAGCUUUCUACCGCAUCCAAGCCACCCGCAUGAUGACUGGGGCUGGGAACAUCCUGAAGAAACACGUCUCGGAGUUCUCCAAGAAGUCGUCCAACCUUCUGGAGGCGCCGUCGGAGGCGGAGGAGGAGAACUACAGCAAGAUCUUCUUCGAGCCCUGCCUGUACCACUGCCUGGAGAACUGCGGCUCGGUCACGCUGACCGUGGCCUGCCAGCAGGGUGGGGAGGGCAACCACACCUUCUACGUGGACUACAAGACGGAGGACGGCUCGGCCAAGGCGGGCUCCGACUACGAAUAUAGCGAGGGGACGCUGAUCUUCAAGCCGGGCGAGACGCAGAAGGAGCUGAAGAUUGGCAUCAUCGACGACGAUAUCUUCGAGGAAGACGAGCACUUCUUCGUCCGCCUGCUCAACCUGCGGGUGGGGGACGCCGAGGGCAUGUUUGAGUCUGACUCGGCCGACCACCCCAAGGGGCGUCUGGUGGCCCCGCUGAUCGCUACCGUCACCAUCCUGGACGACGAUCACGCCGGCAUCUUCACCUUCCAGGACAAGCUGUUGCGUGUCAGCGAGUGCCAGGGCACCAUGGAAGUGAAGGUGGUGCGGAGCUCUGGGGCGCGGGGGACGGUGAUCGUCCCCUACCGGACAGUGGAGGGGACAGCUCGCGGAGCGGGCAUCGACUACGAAGACGCCUGUGGGGAGCUGGAAUUCAAGGACGACGAGACAGUGAAAAGCCUGCAGGUGAAGAUUGUGGACGAUGAAGAGUAUGAGAAGAAGGACAACUUCUUCAUCGAGCUGGGGCAGCCGCGCUGGCUGAAACGGGGCAUCUCGGCUCUCUUGCUAACUCAAGCCGACGGGGACAAGAAGCUCUCGGCAGAGGAAGAGGAAGCCUGGAGGAUCGCCGAGAUGGGCAAGCCGAUCCUGGGGGAGAACUGCCGGCUGGAAGUCAUCAUCGAGGAGUCGUACGACUUUAAGAACACCGUGGACAAGCUGAUCAAGAAAACCAACCUGGCCCUGGUCAUCGGCACCCACUCCUGGAGGGAGCAGUUCCUGGACGCCAUCACCGUGAGCGCAGGUGAUGAGGAAGAGGAGGAGGACGGGCGGGAGGAGAAGCUCCCGUCCUGCUUUGACUACGUCAUGCACUUCCUGACGGUAUUCUGGAAGGUGUUGUUCGCUUGCGUGCCGCCCACCGAGUACUGGAACGGCUGGGCCUGCUUCAGCGUCUCCAUCCUGGUGAUUGGGCUCCUCACCGCCCUCAUCGGGGACCUGGCCUCCCACUUUGGCUGCACUGUGGGCCUCAAGGACUCCGUCAAUGCCGUGGUCUUCGUGGCCUUGGGCACCUCCAUCCCGGACACCUUUGCCAGCAAGGUGGCCGCCCUGCAGGACCAAUGCGCCGACGCCUCCAUCGGCAACGUGACGGGGAGCAACGCGGUGAACGUGUUCCUGGGCCUGGGCGUGGCCUGGUCGGUGGCCGCCAUCUACUGGGCCGCGCAGGGCCAGGACUUCAAGGUGCAGACGGGCACCCUGGCCUUCUCUGUCACCCUCUUCACCAUCUUCGCCUUCGUCUGCAUCAGCGUGCUCAUGUACCGCCGCCGGCCGAGCAUCGGGGGCGAGCUGGGGGGCCCCCGGCCGGCCAAGCUCCUCACCGCCGGCCUCUUCCUGGGCCUCUGGUUCCUCUACAUCCUCUUCUCCAGCCUCGAGGCCUAUUGCCACAUCCGGGGCUUCUGA